CGCUGGAGAGUCGCCAACAAAACUCCGCCGCGGUUCAAACACAGGCAACAGGAAGCUCGGGGCUGGGACGGCGCGGGAGGCCCGGCGCGUGCGGCUGGACGGCGCCCCGCCGGAGAGGAGGCGUUAGGAGCGCCCGCCGCGCCCGGCGCCCUGCGGAGCGGGACUCCACCACCGACCAAUUUUAUAAUGGGCUGCAUUAAAAGUAAAGAGACUAAAAGUCCAGCAAUUAAAUAUAGAACAGAAAACACUCCAGAACCUGUCAAUACAAGUGCAAGCCAUUAUGGGACAGAACACACUCCAGCAACACCAUCAUCUUCAGCAAAGGGAACAUCUGUUAAUUUUAACAGUCUUUCCAUGACACCAUUUGGAGGAUCCUCAGGGGUGACACCUUUUGGAGGAGCAUCUUCCUCAUUCUCAGUGGUGCCAAGUUCAUAUCCUGCUGGUUUAACAGGUGGUGUUACUAUAUUUGUGGCCUUAUAUGAUUAUGAAGCUAGAACUACAGAAGACCUUUCAUUUAAGAAGGGUGAAAGAUUUCAAAUAAUUAACAAUACGGAAGGAGACUGGUGGGAAGCAAGAUCAAUUGCUACAGGAAAGAAUGGCUAUAUUCCUAGCAAUUAUGUAGCCCCUGCAGAUUCCAUUCAGGCAGAAGAAUGGUAUUUUGGCAAAAUGGGGAGAAAAGAUGCUGAAAGAUUACUUCUGAAUCCUGGGAAUCAACGAGGUAUUUUCUUAGUAAGAGAAAGUGAAACUACUAAAGGUGCUUAUUCCCUUUCUAUUCGUGAUUGGGAUGAAGUAAGGGGUGACAAUGUGAAACACUACAAAAUUAGGAAACUUGACAAUGGUGGAUACUAUAUCACAACUAGAGCACAAUUUGAAACUCUGCAGAAGUUGGUUAAACACUACACAGAACAUGCUGAUGGCUUAUGCCAUAAGUUAACAACUGUAUGUCCAACUGUGAAACCCCAGACUCAAGGUCUAGCAAAAGAUGCUUGGGAAAUCCCUCGAGAAUCUUUGCGACUAGAAGUUAAACUAGGACAAGGAUGUUUUGGUGAAGUAUGGAUGGGAACAUGGAAUGGGACCACAAAAGUAGCAAUCAAAACACUAAAACCAGGUACAAUGAUGCCAGAAGCUUUUCUUCAAGAGGCUCAGAUAAUGAAAAAAUUAAGACAUGAUAAACUUGUUCCACUAUAUGCUGUUGUUUCUGAAGAGCCAAUUUACAUUGUCACUGAAUUUAUGUCAAAAGGGAGCUUAUUAGAUUUUCUGAAGGAAGGAGAUGGAAAAUAUUUGAAGCUCCCACAAUUGGUUGAUAUGGCUGCUCAGAUUGCUGAUGGUAUGGCAUAUAUUGAAAGAAUGAACUAUAUUCACCGAGAUCUUCGGGCUGCUAAUAUUCUUGUAGGAGAAAAUCUUGUGUGCAAAAUAGCAGAUUUUGGUUUAGCAAGGUUAAUCGAAGACAAUGAAUAUACAGCAAGACAAGGUGCAAAAUUUCCAAUCAAAUGGACAGCUCCUGAGGCUGCACUAUAUGGUCGAUUUACAAUAAAGUCUGAUGUGUGGUCAUUUGGAAUUCUACAGACAGAACUGGUAACAAAGGGCAGAGUGCCAUAUCCAGGUAUGGUAAACCGUGAAGUGCUGGAACAGGUGGAACGAGGAUAUAGGAUGCCUUGCCCUCAGGGCUGUCCAGAAUCUCUACAUGAUUUAAUGAAUCUUUGUUGGAAGAAGGACCCUGAUGAAAGGCCAACAUUUGAAUAUAUCCAAUCCUUCUUGGAGGACUACUUCACUGCUACCGAGCCACAGUACCAGCCAGGAGAAAAUUUAUAAUCCAAGUAGCCUAUUUUAUAUGCACAAACCUGCCAGAAUGUAAAAAACUUACGUAGACUUCCUCAUAUACAGGAAUCAAAAGAAGAAAAUCUUCACUCCGCAUGUUUUUAAUGGUAAACUGGAAUUCCAGCUAUGGUUACGCAAAACCACUUCUUUGUGUUCCAAAUGUUAAACUCUAUAAAGUACCAGUGAUGAAUUUUUCAACUUAAUUCAGGAUCCAAAGAAAGUAUAGCUAAGAUAUUGAUGACAGUGUGAGUGAUAGCACGGCAAUGAAAAGCAACAAGGCUACUGUUCAUAAGUCACUUCCUUUCUUAUUCCCCAAAUUCAGAAUUUUUAAGAGAAAAUUAUUUAUCAUUAUAGAUAAAACUUGGGAGAUAUGAACAGUUAUGCCAUAAGUUCUAAAAAUCAAGGAACUUCAUGGGACCAAAUGAUUCCAUUCCAUUUUUUAAAUUUGCUCACAUUCAUUAUUCUCAAACGUUUUUUCUAUAAGUUGAAGUUAAUAUACAGUUUUAAUGUAUGCCUUCCUUGCAUGGAAAUGAGCAAGGUUUUUUAGAAGCAAAAAGGAAUAUAAGCAACAUCUAACUUGGUUAAGUGUUAGACGAUAGCAGUGGGAUUUGAAAGUAUAGUGCACCUGUUAAAAUUCAAACUUGUGGAAAGUAGAACUUUUUCACUUUAAAUCAUUUUCUGAAAAGCUCAGUUUGGAAUAAUGAAGGGAACUACAAAGUAAGUUAAUCUUUUAUAAGUUUGCAUUAAUUUUUUUAAUGGCAAUAUUUAAUUGAAAUUGUACUGUCCAAUCCAAGAUAUCCAAUCUUUAGAAUAGCAUGAAAAAAUAAAUCCCAGAAUUUAAAUAGGUAUUAUAAGAUAUUACUAAAUAUGUACUUAUGGUAUGAUGGGUGCCACAAAUGUAAAAAUAUCACUAGAUCAGGGAUUUGAAUGCACUUUUGCCCUUAUUGCAUAUAGACUAACAGAGAAGAAUUGUAUUUAAAAGAAAUAUGAGAAAAGAAAAAUGUGAAAGUUUUACAGAUAGAGGGAUGGAAUGUUAUGUUUAAUGUUGAUUUAUGGAAUGACAAAAUGGCUUUGCUGGCACUCAAAGCUUCUCAUCUAUUUUUUGAGAUAUUAAAAGAGUUGUAAGAUAAUGACUGUAAGACUAAUCUAACCAUAAACACUAAAUAACUGUUAUAACCUCAAAAUAAAUUAAGGCUUCCCACUAAUUCCAAUGAUACAGCUUUUCUGCAAAACAUUUUUAAAACUCCAGUUUUCAAAUUCGUGUUUGAAUCUAUAUUCACUUUUUUAAAAAAAUAUAUUUAUUAAUUUCAGAGAGGAAGGGAGAAGGAGAGAGGAUAGAAACAUCAAUGAUGAGAGAGAAUCAUUGAUUGGCCGCCUCCUGCACACCCCCCACUGGGGAUCGAGCCCGCAACCCAGGCAUGUGCCCUCGGCCGGAAUCGAACCUGGGACCCUUCAGUCCACAGGACCCUUCAGUCCAUCCACUGAGCCAAGCCAGCUAGGGCUAUAUUCACUUUUUAAAUAUACUUAAUGGUGAUGAAUUUUCCCCCUUUUAGAAUUGAGUUGAUUUAAAGUGGAAAACUUAUUUAGAAUAAUAGUGGUGAGAAGGGGGGGACAGUUUUUGCUCAUUUAAAGUACAAAAGUAAAAUAUACAAAAUAAGACUGAUUUUUAUAACUAACUUAGAAAUUCUAAAAUAUGAAUUUGAAUAGCAGCAUUGGCCUAAGGAUCUAGCAAAGGAACUGAAUAUGACAAAGUAAAAGUCUGGUAUUUAUGUUCUAAAAUACUCUUUUAUAGUCAAACUCUAAAUAAAGCAAUAUAGCAGGUCCCAUAUUUUAGGAAUACAGUUUUUAGCUACCAUCACUUACCUGAUCAUUAAAUGUAACAUUCUGUGCCAUGGUAUCUAUGUGGAAAUUCAAACCGUUUUAAAAUGUGACAGAUGACCUUCAUGCAAGUUGGCAACAGUUCUGGUACUAAAAAUUGUGGUGGUUUCUUAUGUUUACGUAACCUGCUUAGCAUUGAAUCCCUCUUCCAAGAGGAUCUUCCUGUGAAGACUGCCAUCAAGUCACCUUUACUCUUAAUGUCUGCAACCUGUGACAUCAGAUUUUUAAAGGGCUCAUGUGAACUAUGGUAUAAUUUUUCUAGCAUUUAAAAAAGGGUAAUAAAAUUAAAUGUUUAUGUACUAAUUCUGUUCAGAAAAAUAAGUCAGGAAAAGAUGAUGGUAUUCCUUUGGUUUUGACUAAAUGGAGCUGUUCCUUCUAAUAUCAGUUGUAUAGUAAGGAAAUAACACUAACUCACUAUGUAUUCAGUUUAAAUGGUUAUGUAUUUUUAACUUGCCAAGAAAAAUACCCAGCUUUGUAUAUUUGAGGAUUUUCUCCCAACACCUUUUCACCUUUAAUAUCUUAUUGUGGAACUUUUAACCCUUCCCCCCCCCCCCCCAAAAAAAAAAAAAAAAGUUGGCAAAAACAACUUAUAGCACAAACACUUUUUAAAAUAAAUAAUAGUAGCCUAAAACUUAAUAUUUUUAUAAAGUAUUAUAUUGUUUUGUGGAUAAUUGAAAUAAAAAUUCUCAUUGAAUGUACACCACUAUUCAUACUUUCUCACCAGAUUUUUUAAAUUGGUAUUUAAAGCAAAGUAUUUAGAAAAAAACAUCUUCAGUUAUAUCAAGUUUAUUCUAUGGUGGUUUUUUUUCCACAUCAGGUGAAUGACAUUAUUUUUACAAGUUGCUUUUUUUUUUUAAGUAAUAUCAGCAACUACUGGCUAUUCACAGAGAAUCUGUGCUGAAGAAUAUAAAAUAGAAUAACCACUUCUGAUCAUAAGGAAUUUAAUUUUCUAGAAAUGAAAAAAUAAUGAGCCUAUUUCUGUGUAUUUUAACUUCUUUAAGUAUAAUGAAAAUAAAAUUAUACUAAAUUAUGAAUGGACAAUCAAAACCAUUUAUAUUCAAUAAGGUAUUAGUAUUACCUUUUACUAUAUAUAUAUCUAAAAUUAUUGGUUUUGUUUUUCCCUGGUGAUUUCAGAUGAGUAACGUUUAGUCAAACACAUCAUUUAGUAAACAUAUAUUAAAUAUUUUUUACAAUAUAGUAAUAGUGCCUCAAUAUUUUCCUAUUUUGCUAGUUGUCUUUUAAUGUUGCAUGUAAUAUUUUUGACAUUUUAGUUGUACAUUUGUAUGUUGUCAAGCCUUUUUUAUGUUUAAAAAGUCCUUUGCAUUCCAAGAUUAAAUAUUCAUCUCAUUAAAUUUUAUGCUUUUCUUCUUUCUA